AAACCUGUUGAUGGUAUCAUGUAUAUGAUUAAUAGCACUAAAGUUGCGGAUUUUGUCGUCCCCAAGGGUCGUAUGAAAAAAUAUGGUUAUAAUUUGAUGACCACUGUCGAAAUUUUCAGUAUCGGAGCCAAC